AUGGAUUACACACCGACACCUUAUGACGGACAUACAACUUAUACUGACGUUCCUUACCCAUACCCAAAUAAUAGUUCAAUAACCGCUAAUAUACAACAGACUUCAUAUGAUUACAUAACUCCUCAACAUCAGUUUUUACGGCAGCCAUUACAUCAAUUACAAAUGCCUCAACAACAAAUCCCAAGUGAAGUGACCUUGCAAUCUAUGUUUUCUACGCAAAUUCUUCCUCAAACACAUGAGCGCCACGAUUUACAUGAACAAUUAAUAUCGCAGUUUCCACAGCAACAAGAAUCGCAGCUGUUACCACACCAGCUUCUAUGGUAUUUUGCUGAACUUUAUCUAUCUAAAGCAAAAGCAACAGAAUUAUCUUCUACAACCUUAGUAAAGUUAUCUUCGGAGCAACAGAAAAAUAUUUUAUCUGCGAUCAAGUGCUUGGAGGCUGUAAUUAUAAGUAUUGCCAAUGGGAGCACAUAUACGCCUUUAGUUGAGCUAAAGACGCGGUUCAGGUUGAGUCAAAUUCUUUUCUGGUUUACUGAGAACGUUCGAGAAGCGGAAAGUCAUUUGCAGAAAGCUAUAAUGUUAUCUCAGAAGCUAGAUGCUGUGGCUGAACUAAAAUUUAGGAUGAUUGAUCUUCAAUGCAAUAUUUUCAAAAGUGCCAAUAAUAUUAAGGCGGCACGAAAUAUUAUGAAAUCCGGUGUUAUUGAAGCAAUGGAAUGCAACAUGCCGGCCUGGACAUAUCACUUUUUAUUGCGGCAUGCUGAACUUUAUAACACUGAAGGUGAUUUCAAUGGAUGUUUAUCAACCUUAAAACAAGCAGAAUCAAUGGCUGACCAAAGAGGCGAUGUCGAAAUGAAGGCUUGCCUUUUAGUAUCAAUCGCUCAAUACGCUUUUACGAAUCAAAAUUAUUCAAUAGCCCAGCAUUCACUUGCUGAACUUUCUACUAUAUAUUUCCCGCCUCCAUCAUCUCAACCUCCACAAACCUAUCACAUUUUCCCGAUAUCCAACCAUCGUCUCCAUCUGCAUUAUUUGCUGUUAUAUAUAACUUUUAAUAUACAUACUGGGAAUAUGAAAGAUGCUACCGAAAAGUUGGCUGAAAUUCACACUAUGCUGAAUCAAAAGAAAGACUUAGAAAAUUCGGAUGAUGUGAAAGGUUUUGCGACGAUUCAUGUUUCGGCUGAUCCUACAUCGUCUACUACUAUGACACCGUAUUCAACCUCAACUGCAGCAGCUCAAAGUGUGCCAGUAAAAAUUAAAUUGUUAUCCAAGGCCGAAAUAUAUAAACUCACGUUUUUGAUCUCAAGAAUAUGCAGUGGAACAGCAACUAAUGUUGUAGUCUAA